UUCUCUUUUUCUGUUUGUCUCUGAGGUUUGUUUACUCCAUCUACAGAGACCAUGUUCCAUGGAUUUGAUCAGUAGAUGAGAUCAAGCACAGCAAAUAUUGCCCUAUUCUUUGAAAAUUGUCUAAUUGCUCAGUGUUGGGAUAACAUCUGUUACCAUUUUUGCAAGAAAGCUUGCUUAUUUAUUCCAUGUCCAGUUUUCUGUCAUUCGGUCUAUUAAAUUCAAAUAGGUGAGAAAUUGUUAAUCCAAUGGCAAAAUCUAACUAUUUUCCUAUCCUGUGAAUAUGGCGGUUGAGAAAUACUGAUAAUUCAUAUCUGUUUUACAUCCACAAUUUGUACUGUGAUUAUUUGUGUCUAUAUAAUUGAGCAAAGGCUUGUCAAUUUCUAGUUAGAACAACAACAACAAAGUUUUUUAGUCCCAAGCAAGUUGGGGUAGGCUAGAGAUGAAACCAACAAGACCCAAUUAAAAAGAUGAUGAGAAAACAACAAUAAUAAUAAUAAAGGUACUAGUAAUAGUAAAAGUAAUAACGGUACAAGGAGACCAAUGCAUAAGUUAUGGUUCUAGCAUGUGAAUUGCUUACUUCCACGUGCUUCUAUCCAUGUAUAGUUCUUUGGGGAUAUUUCAUUCCUUCAAGUCUCUCUUUACAAGCUCCUCCCUGCUAUUCUGACAAAAUUGUUUUGGCAAAAUCUGAAAUGUCAGGUUUGUUCGACAUCUGCCUCUCUUCACAUUAUCAGUGCACCUUAGUAUCCUGCUAUGCAUAGGUCACUCUAGAGGCCUCCAUUGGAUAUGUCCAAAUCAUCUUAACAUAUGUUGGAUAAGCUUUUCUUCAAUUGGUGCUACCUCUACCCUAUUACACAUAUCAUCAUUUCGGAUCCGAUCCUUUAUUUUCUGGUCACAAAUUCAUUGCAACAUAUGUAUCUCUGUGACACUUAACUGCUGGACAUGUCGCCUUUUAGUUGGCCAUAUUCUACGCCAUACAACAUCGCGGGUCGAAUCACCGUCCAAUAAAACUUACCUUUUAGCUUUUGUGGCUUCCUCUUGUCACAGAGGAUGCAAUAAGCUUGGCACCAUUUUACCAAAUUCUAGUUACUACGAGGAGUUUCCUCAUGUCAUCAUUCAUCCGACAUAUUGCUAAAACCCAAGAUGUUGAAGAUGGUCAUACAUUGCAUCUUGUUGUUAGACAACCAGGCCAGUCAGCUACAUCAGGAAAUGCAGGAACUGAAGCUAACACAUCAAAUUCUGGUCGUCGUCGUGGUCCCACAGUGGCUCGAAGUAUUGUACUUGAGGCUGUUAAUGUGGAUCAUGGGAGCAGUGAACUCCCAGCUUUUGCCGCCCAGAUUAUCCAAAGCCUGCUUGGACCAAUCAGCACACAAUCUUCGGGUGCACCAGCACCUUCUGACACUAGACCUUCAGAGGCUACACAAUCUAUCAUCCCAGAUAAUGUAAGGGCUGAACUUGAUCAACAACAGGGUCCUCUACUCUUCCAGUCUGAACCGGCAUAUGGGUCAUCACAACCAAAUCUCAUCCCUGAUUCCUUGACAACUAUUUCUCAGUACAUUGACUUUAUGAGGGACUCAUUUAGGAGGGAAGGCUUUAAUCAAAAUGGACAGAUAGAGGGUAAUGUGGAACACAGAACUGCAGGUAGUGUUCUUGAUACUCAAAAUCUGGAAAGCCAGCCUGAUUCAGCUUCCACACUUGGGCUUCCUACUGCAGCAUUGCUAGCCGAGACUAUGCACUCUACUAGACAAAUUGUUGUUGAGCAGGCUGGAGCAUUGCUAUCUCAACUAUCAACUCAGUUGGGAGAUCUUGUUAAUGUAACUGAUUCUGCAAGUAGGAGGAACCUUCAAAGUAAUGCGAUGCGCUCAGGUGUUCUCCUCCAGAACCUUGGUUCUUUGCUUCUAGAACUUGGCCGCACCACAAUGAUGCUGCGUAUAAAUCCGGCAUCUUUAGAAGCGGUUGUAAACUCUGGAGCAGCUCUUUACAUAUCUCCAUCCGGGCCAAAUCCUCUGAUGGUUGAACCUGUUCCAUUUUUUCCAGGAAGAAGAUCUGUCCAAAUGGGUCCAAUAUUUUCUAGUUUUAGUUCGCAAGGCUCUGUUCUACACCCAAGAGAUGUUGAGAUCCAUGUCCACACAAGUGGGCCUGUGCCUGUAGCCAGUACCAACCCAAGUGAACCAGCUGGUGCACAAGCACAGCAACAUACAAAUAGGACAGGAGAUGCUUUGCACACAAAUAUUGGUGAAGCAUUUGCAGGGGUUGCAGGUGGUGCUCCUUUUUCUGUUGAGUCUGGAGUUAGACUGUUGCCACUGAGAACAGUGGUUGCCAUGCCUGCUGGCAUCAGUCGUGCUCCGUCACGUUCAUCUAGUGGAGGUGUUGAUAUUAUCUAUCCACUGCUCAACAGAAUUCAACAAAGAACAAACACCAAUGUUAGUGAUCAAUCUCCAACUGAACGUGCUCCUAAUGGUACCCAUCCUAAUCAGCAGUCGAUUCCUCAGUCAUCUCAAGCUCGUGAAGCAGCUAAUCUGGGAGCUCCAGUUGAUGUCAAUGUGGGAAAUAGCUCUGAGACCUCCCCUGGGCAGCAGAACGGCCUGGGUCCUUUGUCUCAGAUAAUGGACAGUUUCCAGUGGAUUGGAUCACUGUUUUCUGGAGAAAAUGGCCGAGCCAAUGGCACAAGUCAGCAAGCACCAAUGGCUUCUGCUGAGCAGGGAGAUGCUAGAAAUCGUGGAACACCAGAAGUGUCAGGAGCCAGUGAGGAGGAGCUACGCUUUGCUAACAUGGUCCGACAAAUUAUGCCAUUUAUCUCCCAAGUUGAAACACAACAUCAAAGUGGCCCACCAGACAGUAGCAGCACCCCUUCACUGACUGCAUCUGAGAGCUCAAACAGAGCAAGGGAUGGCCCAAGUGAUUCCAGGAGUUUGCAUCAACAUAACCGUGACCGAAUUGAUGAGCCUAAUUCUAAAAGGCAAAGAACUAGUGACUGAUUCAAAUCUGCUUGUGAGCCGACAAUUUUCCCAUUUCUUCCUACCCCAGAGAUGGAUUAUCAUAUCGGGAGUUGAGACAAAUGGAUUUACUGGUAGUAUAUAGUUGGCAUGGAGGACAUUAGCUGAGGCACCUAUGCUUUUCUUUUUGCCAUCUUGUAAUCUGUUAUUUUUGAGAGCACAAAUACCAUACAUGCUAGCAUCCAUCUCCAAUUUGUUGAAAUUUAAUUUAUCGGGGUGGAACAAUUUGUGCUACGAAUCAAAACCUGCUUUGGUGGUUCUUGCCGUAGCAUGUGGAGGUCUUUUGCCAUCAAUAAUAUCGUUAUGAAGUUUUAGAAAA